AGCAGCAGCGAUGGCAGCCGGGCGGUGAGACACAUGUAGCCGCAGCAGCAGCAGCAGCAGCAGCAGCAGCAGCCUGGGAGCCCAAACACACUGACCCCCGGGGUCAACCGAGGACACUUAAGCAACAUGUCUCGCCACAGAAAUGUUCGUGGUUACAACUACGACGAAGACUUCGACGAUGACGACAUGUACGGACAGUCUGUGGAGGACGACUACUGCUGCAUAUCACCAGCAACAGCAAAUCAGUUCAUCUACUCGCGUCAGGACAGACAAGCGCCGAAGGGGGAACCGUUAGAGGAGGAAGAAUAUGAGGAGGAGGACGUUCCGAUGUCUCCCACCGUCAACCACGACCUGGACCCUCUCGAUCAAGCCAAGCUGUACUCCUGUCUGGACCACAUGCGGGCCGUGCUGGGAGACGCGGUGCCCGACUCGGUUCUGACCCAGGCGGCCAUCAGAUGUGGCUUCGACCCGCAGAGGGCCCUGGACGCGGUUCUGUCCGAAGACGCCAAAACGGCUCCGGUGACCAAAACCGCGACUGAGGAGAAAACGCCAGCGGCGAAGGAGAAAGCGCCGCUUCCACAGAGAACCAAGCCGGAGGUGGCGGCUGAGAAAGGAGCCUUCUUGUCUGCUUCUCUCACAGGCGUCACAGCACAGAAAGCUCAGACUGAAACACAACCAAACUUACGCGACCUUUUAUCUCCGCAUAAUUCAGUUAGCGGUAAAAGUCUAAACUUUAAUCCUAAAAGUGUGAGUCCGGUUAUCGGCGCCGGCACCAGUCUGGCCCAGCUGAUGUCUGAGCAUGAACAGAAGAGCGGAGGAGCCGCCGGUUCUCCUCCGGCGCUGAUGUGUAACCUGUCGCUGGGAACGCUGGCGUCUCUCACCAUGUCUCAGACCCCGGCUCCCUCCAAGCUUUCCGUUUCGCUCUGUAAUCUGUCGCUAAACGGCCCCAACGUCCCCGCUGUGACCCCUCCCCCCGGGUUCGGUCUCGGUUCUGUCCGGCAGAACUCUCAGCCCUCAGCCGACCCAAAGGGAAGCCCGUCGCUGGCCGAUUUAAUCCAGGAGCACUCGACCCGCGGUGGCUCCCAGCUCAGCCUGAGCAGCAGCGUGUCGCCGGUCCCGAGUCUGUCGCUGUCUGAACUGGCCUCUCAGCACCAGAACAGGCGGAACCAGGCGUCCCCGGGCCCGGGCGGGACUCGGCUCGCCCUGCAGCACCAACCCCCUGCACCCAAACAGCCACCUGGCCUCUCCGAGCUGCUCUCUUUGUCUAGUUUGACAUCUGAGCAGAAAAGUGAAACCUCAGCCACCUCAUCUGGGUCGCAGCUCUGCCUCAGCUCGCUGCUCUCACCAGCAAAACCAGAGAGGAGGGCGGACGCGCUGGCAGGGCGCCCCGCCGAGGGCGGAGCCGGGCCCGGCCGCAAACCAAACCACAGAGCCUCCAAACUGGGUCACGGCAUCGACCUGAGCACGCUCAUGGCCUGUCAGCCGGACGCCGACCUCCCCUCGCCCUCCUCUCUGACACCCGUCCGGCUGGAUUCUUCUGUUUUCGCUCAGCCUUCGGUAUUUGCGAUUUGUUUGUCGAUUCAAAGCCGCAGGCGACUGAAGAGGAUGAAGGGAAGGGGGAAAGUUCGGAGGACGGGUUACCGGGACUUCGUCUGCGAGUCUCCAGACGGAACCGAGGAGCAGCUCGACUCGCUUUCGCCAAUCGUACCUUUUCUCUUCGACACGCCGUCGCCAGACGACAUCGUUCGAGCCAAACAGCGGAAAGCUUUCACGAGGUAGAUGGAGGGACGGUUCUGAUUCCUGGAUUCCUCUGAGCGGCAGCAUCUUUUUGAAACGGCGUCUGCAGCUCCUGUUUUCAGAACAACAUGCAGCAGACAUUGCUGUGAUUUUAGUGCACAUUUUUUUUUGCGUUUUCUUUUUCGACUGAGACAUAAAUACAAUGAUGUGAUUUCUGCUGCAGUCUGAACACUCUGGGUUUAUGUCUGGAGGGUUUUUAGGACUGGACGUCUCUGCAGCACCACAGAGCUCCAUUUUUAACAGAUUGUUUUGGUGCAUUUUGAAUUUAUGAAAAGACUGCAGCUCCUGGAUGUUGAGACAUUUCAGUUCACUUCUUUUUUCAUUUAACCAAUCGCGUCUAUCGUACAUUAUGUGGUUCUCAGAAACAGUGGAGGCGCUUCUUUAGGGUGAUGAAGCUGAGCGAUCCGGCCCAAAGAUCGUGUGAUGAUGCUUUGGGGUAGAAUUUAAAUCCUCAGACUUGAUUAAACACCUGGGAUCGAGGAUGCAGAACCUGUCACUUAGACUCAGCUCUCUCCAUCCUGGGUUCGUUCUGGUUUUUAUGGUGAAAGUUCUGACCCAAAGUGGUGACUCGUGUCUCUGCUGCUGUUGUCGUGACUCAGUGUCGUUCGGCUGCCUCUCCGGUGAAUCUCUCGUCCUGCACGAGAACUAGAUCUCCACCGUCUCCAGAAACCUCCACCAGCACCAGCACGUGUUAAACCUCCGUCUGAACCAGGCCUGUAGGUCACUGCUGAGGCUGGAGCCGGAGUGGAGCUCCGGUUUGCAGCCAAGAGCAGAAUAGAGAAGUCUGGUGGCGUCGGAGUUCGUCUGCAGGCCGACUGAAUCACCGGAGACCGAAUGACGUCUGGAAACGGCAUCACGGCGACCUGCAGGGGAAAGAAGAGACGAGCAGGAGAGGGCGACCGGCCGAAACUGAUAAAAAAAUAAAAAUCUUAGUCUCAAAAUUUGGAUAAACACAAACUCUAAUGCAAAACUUUGUUGGAAAAUGUACGCUCACUUUUUAAUCUAAAGAGACGAUUAUCCUUGGCUGCUGAUUGGCUGUUGGCCGUAACGGGUAACCAAUCGGAUGGAGCUGUCAGUGAAUUCAUAUAUUUUAUCAGGAAUCGGUUAAAAACAUACAGAUAAUUUGGAAAAAUGCUGAAUAUUGAAUCUGAUUGUGCACCGCUAGCAGCAUUGUCAGGUUAAAUCCUCACAUGUAGCUCGUUAAGUGACGGGUUCUGCGGUUAAAUCAUUAAACCGUCGGACCGCUCCGUCCUGGAUGAAGCGCCUCCAACACUUCUGCCGGAGAAAAACACUACGUGGUCAUUCCUUCUCACAUCACCAAACGCCUGCUCGGCCACCUUUACAGCAUGAAAUACGGAUCUUGUUAAAGACUUUAUAUAUCAAGUACUGUUCUCUAAUCUAUGAAGAUUUCCUGUUGAUCCAUUUUCAGCAGGUUUUUUCGUGCAUUUAAAUUUGAGUCUGUUUGAACGACGACGUCUCUGCAGCUAUUAGAGAUAAAAGCAGGUCUGAAAGUAAAACCUAGACAUUGUUAAAAACACGAUUUUCACAUUUUGAAGCUCCAGAACAGCUUGUCUAAUCUGAAAGUUCAACAUAAACAACUUCCUCUUCAUUUCUGUGACCAAGUGGUUCAUAUUAAAGUUUUCUAAUGUUUAGUUUUGUGUUGUUGAGACCUGCAGCUACGUGUGGCUCAGAAAACAUCACGAGCUGACUUUUGCUUCAUUAGUUUUUUGAGUUAAAAGAUGGAACUUGUGUUGACCGCUUCAGUUUUUUAAAAAUAUAUUUCAACUCACCCAGAAUUCUGAGUCAGCGUCAUGAUGAGGAAUAACAGAGAACAGUUCCUCAGAUAUUCAAACAGACUCAAGAUUCAAAACCUGCUGGAAGAGCGUCGACGGGCGAUUUCCAGAAAGAUAAUCUUGCGAAUUCUUUCACAUAUCAAGCUAAAAUAUCCAGAUUACGACAAAGCUGAGAUGAGUGAGCAGGACGCUGGUGGUUUUAGAGGGAAUAACCGGAUAUCCAGAACCUCUGCGGACCAACAGAACGACGCUCUGAUCACUGCAAUAACACAUGUACAGUGUUACGAAUUCCUUUUUUUUACUCCGACAAGCGGACACGUCUCUAUUUGAGCAACUCAGUCUGGCAGCUUGAACACGACUGCAUCUUUACACGACAGUAUUUUAGGGAGUUUUAAAGACUUUUGUUUCUUCUUCGCUGCCGUCAGCUUCUUCUUUUCUUACUUUUUUUAUUUUUGUACGCUCCGACAGCCGGCGGCUUUUUAAUUUUUCUACGACCGCACAGUAACGUGAUCACAGCAGGGAAAUUUAAAGUCUCUUGUUCUUUUUUUUUCACGUGGCCUCUUUUCUGAGCCGAGGGGAUCGAGGUCGGCGGCGCAGGUGUUCUGCAGCGAUUGGAAUAUGGAUCAGUUAACCAGCGUGCUGGUUUGGUGCUCCGCUUCACGGCGUGAGGUUGACUUUUUUGGUUUGGAGGACACCUGGAGAUUUUCCCAUGAAGGGAACGAGAACACACACAUGCAAACAGACUCUCAGACACACACACACACACACAGACACAUGGAUGCUUUUAACCGACUGAACAGUUUAACUCGAUGUAUGCGCGAUGAAUAAAACUGUACUGAAGCUUUGCAAUACUGCUGGAUUUGAUUUACGCUGGGUGUGUGUUCGCACGCUGCCAGAGGUUCAUUUGUCAAUUUUGAAAUAAAGAAGACUGAAGUUA